AUGAGUCUCAAUGAAUAUCGUCUCACCGCUGAUUUUCUCCAUGGAUCAGCAAUCUUGUUACUAUUUUAUCAUAUCUUGAAGUCUCGAUCGUGCUAUUCAGUGUCUGGUACGACAGUCAUGCUCUAUACUAUCACAUUUACGUGUCGAUAUUUGGAUUUAUAUCCAUUCGAUUGGCAUUUCUUCGAAGGUUUUUCUGUUUUUACAUACAAUUCUAUCUACAAGAUCUUUUAUCUCGCAUCUCAUUAUCUCAUUCUUAUCCUUAUCUACGGUAUCUUUCGGAAUACUCGUGAUAGAUCAAUCAAUACAUUCCCAAUAUUCGGGUAUCUCAUUUGUGCUGAUUUACUCACAUGGAGUACAUGCUAUAUGGAGAAUAUUCAACAGCUGGAUCGGGAAUUUUUCUGGCGAUUUUCGAUCUUUUUGGAAAUGUUCGCAAUCAUUCCUCAAAUGACUCUCAUACAUAAGCAAGGUGUUAUUAGUACGAUGAUGUCACGUUAUUUGAUGAUGCUGGGAUCUUAUCGGGCACUGUACAUUGCUAAUUGGAUUUUUCGUUAUUGUAAUGAGCAAUUCUGGGAGCCAAUUGCUUUCUCUUGUGGCUGCGUUCAAACAAUGAUCUAUUUGUGCUUCUUUAUUCAUGUUUAUCCACGGUUAAACAAGGCGAAAUCUUGUGAAACGAUGGAGAUCGUCAAAGAAAAGAUCAGUGAUAUCAGUUUAAGCGUGAACGAAAAGAUGGAUCGAGAUGUGCCUCUAAUUCAUGACGUCUAA